AUGAAGUACUGGUUGUUGCUGUUUUUGCAGUUGACUGUGGUGCGUUCCAUGGCCGUUGUGGUCAAUGAGCGUGCGCAGGUGUGGACGCUAUUGAGCUGGCUUGGUGGUAAUAAGCAUGAGAUUCUUACAGGUCUGUACCCGCUGGUCUCUGGUGUAGAUGAGCAAGCUGUUGGCGCUGGAAAGUUGGCACAAGAGUGUCGCGACAUUGUUAAGGGUAAAUACAAUGACCCUGAUUUUGCAGCAUUGUUCUACAAGUUUGCUCAGGAGUAUCCCAUGGGUUAUCUCAACGAUUAUGGAGUUCAACCAGGGUCUAAUUUUGUGGUUCUCAAUGGUGAAAACUACACCGAACCUGACAAAAUAUACUAUUUCAAAUCAGGGGAUCUUGCUGCGCAGGCUGCAGUAGAGGAUGCCACAAUCAUUGACUCCCAUGAUGUUGUAAUUGGAGAUGCCACUAACUCAGAUGGUGAAAGACUGCCAUUGGUCAUAUUCUAUGGUUGUCCCGAUAAUGAGGAUGAGUACGAACAGUUUAGUAGAACCCUUUACCUCGAAGCUACUGAAAACAAGAAACUGAGAUAUGUCUGGAGAAGCACAUGCGUUCCGCAAAAGUCACAAGAUGAGAACAAAUUCCCUGUUGGUAUCACGGUAACAGGCUUGCAAACAAUUGAGAAUGUUUUAAACUCAGGAAUUGAAUUGGAUCUUCCUGACCGUGUUGCUCAGCCAAAAGCAAAGGAUUUAGAAAACCUGGUGGUUGAGGAGCUGGAAAAACUAGAUUAUAAGCUGAUUAGUGCCAUCUCUGUAUUCUUUUCAACUACAGGUCACAAUUUUGUUGAAACUUUUAAGUAUGCCAAAAAGUUGUGUAAUUCAUUGCCUCUGAUCAUGCCACAAAUGCUAAAGAUAAAGGAAUUUGAUACAUAUAUCAAUGAAUCUAAUAAGUCUUUGAAAAAGAAUAAUAUUGACCAUAAUAUGCUUGGUCUUUACGUUAAUGGACAGUAUUUGAAGAUCACUCAGACAUAUAUAAAUAGCCUGUUACAUGUCUUGAGGACUGAACUUGACUUCAUUACUGGGAUUCAUGAAACAUUAAAGAAAGCUAUCCCUGACGUUUCUCUUCAAAAUGUGAAAAGGUUAAUGGACUUAUUCUCUAUGUCCUCUAUUCCAAAUCUGUCGUUUUUACAGCCUGUUAAAGUAGAUACCCACAGAAUUCAAGGUUUUUCUGAAUCUGUGAUAUAUUUCAACGACAUAGAAAAAGAUAUUCAAUAUGAAGACUUCAGUGAAAACGUUGAAGUUUUCUUCAAAGAAUCCAAGUAUGGAAUUCUUCCGGAGUUUAAGCAAAACUGGAAUGAAUUGGUCUUUGUUAUUGACUUCGAUAAGAUUGAGGCCGAUGUUGAUGCUAGAGAAGCUCUUGGAGGGAUGUUGAGAGCAAUUCAAAUUGUACAAAAUGGUUACCCUCAAAGAAUUGGUUUGAUCCCAUUUUCAUCCUCUGGAAAUAAAAGAAUUAUAAGAAAGAUAUACGAACUAAAAAGUAAGAAGAACUUGGAGGAUGUAGUAGACUAUUUGCAAGAUAUUUUGGAACUAAACUUCGGUAGGGAAUCGAAUUUUAAAAAACUUCCUGAUUAUGAUCAUGUUAGAAAAGAGCUGUCAAUUAACUCAACUUCUAUCAUCAUCAAUGGAAAUAUCUUCCCAUUCAGAAAAAAUACUUGGAACUACUUGGUUUCACAUGUUAUGAAAAAGGAUGUAACUUAUAUUAAAGAAGAACUUGGGAAACUAAACAAGCAAACAGCUGAUGAUGUUGAUAUUAGAGGACUCCUUCAUUUAAAGUCGUUAUCGAAGAGAAAUACUAAAUUUAUAAAGGACUAUUUUAUUGAGGCUGCUUAUACUAGAGUGAAUGAAUCCUUUUUAAAAGAGAUUAGUAAUCGUGUUAUACAGAAUAUUAACGACACUGGUCAUAACAUAAUUCAUACGAUAACUCUGAUUGAUGACUUCAAUACCGAAAAUGCCUUAAUAAGAUUGAAGAAUAUUGUAGGUGUCAAAUUUAAUGGGUUGAAGUUUAGAGUUAUUCACACUGGGGAUAUUGGAAGCAGCUCCUGUUGGAAUAAAUUUUAUCAGGGUAAGAAUAUUGUCAAUGAAGUUUCAAAAAUUAAAUUGAAUAACAAAUGCAAAUCUUCUAAUGGCGUAGGCAAGUAUCGCUUGCCUAUUUUAACUAAAGUUUUACCAGACGUCAGCUUUUCUGAAUUGUCCAACGGUCCACUUUUAUUGGUUAAUGGGAGGGUCAGCCUUAUGAAUGAGGAGGACAUUCCCACCAUAUCAGAUAUCGAGUCUCUCUUAGUUCAUGAAAGUAAAAGAACAAUUGACUUACUAUAUAAUUUGGAAGAGGUGUUUCCAGAUUUUUCAGAGAAAACUAUUGAACCAGAAUUCAUUGAGUCUCUAUCAUCCUUCAUGACAAAAAUGUUUUAUCAUGGAGCCAACUCGAUUGAAGGUUCUCUUCCAUUCUCAACUGAGACUUCUGUUCCCAGAAUGAAUUUGAGAUCUUUGUUUGUUGCUAAUAAUAUUACCACUUUCAGACAACAUGCAGACGAAAAGCCUGUCGAUAUUACUUUGAUUGUUGAUCCCGUUGAAGAAAGAUCACAAAAGUUUUUGACAUUGGCCAAUCAAGUCAUGGAUUUACCGUUUGUAAAUAUCAACCUGAUAUUAUAUUGUACUCAGAAUAUUACACUUGUCCCAAAUAACAGAAUAUAUUUCGAAAAUAUGAGUAGCACGACAGUAUUGAAGAGUGGCGGAUUUGAAUAUACUUUGGAUAAACCAUGGUACGUUAGAACUGAUGAGCAUGAUAAAUUAUCUGGGCAUGUAUUGGAAGUUCAUAAUUAUGCAGCAGAUCAAAUGGUGACAAUUGGAAUAGUAGAAGGGGAGAGAGAUGUUUGUUUGAUGCUACGUGAUAGUAAAGGUAACAUUAUUGAUAAGACGACCACGAUGCGGACUUAUGGUUUUGCGGAAUUGACUAUUCCAAACCUUGGAGAUUCAUAUGUUGUUGAGUCCUGUGACAGUAGAUAUCGUGUCGAUUCGUAUGAAUUGAAUGCGAAAUCUGAUUAUACGCCAACUGAUAGAAUUCAUUGGAGAACAAAUUUACCAAACUCUCUCUUUGUCAAGGUCAGUAAGGUAAAAGAAAAGAAGGAGAUUAACCCAGAUACAGAAACUGUGAAUUUUUUUACUACCAUAGCUAAUCAUGAAGAGGAGGAACAAAUGAAGGAGACUAUGUUAAAGAUAAUAGCUACCACCGGGGAACGUCCUGUCACCUUCUAUAUAUGGGAUGAACCUAGUAUCACAGAGUCAUUCAGAGACUAUGGGCGUUUGCUGAACAAACUAUUACCUGGUAGAGAAAUUCACGUGGAAUUUGUAAAAUACGAAUGGCCACCCUGGUUAAGACCUCAACGUUUUAGACAAAAGAGACUGGCUAUUUCGAAGUUGCUAUUUUUGGACCUAUUAUUCCCAUCCAAUGUCUCUAAAGUGCUAUUGAUAGGUCCAAACAUGGAUACCUACAACUUAACCUCUGUUUACGACAUGACUUUGAAAAGAGCUAUUGCAAUGCCAAAGGCACAAGGUAAGGGUUAUUGGAGUGAAGGUCACUGGGCAGAGAAAAUUCAGAAGCACAGUUUAGUCUUCCACUCCGUUGAGCCCUUCAUUUUGGUUGAUUUAGAUGUUUUGAGAAGCCUAGGUGGUGGAGACUACUUGAGAAUCCACUACCAGCAAGUCUCUGCGGAUAUCAAAUCCCUAGAAGUUAUUGACCAGGAUUUACUGAACGACAUACAGAUAGAAAUGCCAAUACGUACUUUGAGAAAGAGUGCCUUGAAGACUGUAGAGGUAAGCACAAGAGAAAUGAAAAAGCUAAAGAGUAAGCUAAUCGCUCUAGAGAACGAUCCUAUUGACGUACCUGAGAGUAAAUCCAAGGGUGAAGAUGAAGAACAACAAUACUUUGACGACGAAUUAUAG